AUGUCUGCCCUCUUAAAACUUCUUCAUAUUAAGACUUUGGGUCGUUGGACCAACGAAUCAUUUACCAUGCUCUUAGAUUUCUUAAAGGAGGAUCUUCUUCCCAAGGGAUCAAAUUUGCCAAAGUCUUAUAAUAAGUCUAAGAAGGUAAUGAAAGACCUUGGUUUGUCAUAUCAAAAAAUUGAUGCAUGUGUCAAUGAUUGCAUGCUUUAUUGGAAGGAGAAUGAGAAGUUGAAUGCCUGUGACAUAUGUGGUGCAUCAAGAUGGAAGAGUAACAAACACAAUGGGGAAGAGAAGUGUAAAUCGAAUGGUAAGAGAAUACCUCAGAAGACACUACGAUACUUUCCAUUAAAACCGAGGUUGCAAAGACUAUUUAUGUGCUCCAAGACUGCUUCUUUGAUGACAUGGCAUCAUGUGAAAAAGAAGAAAGGUGGUACAAUGAGACAUCCAGUUGACGGAACGGCUUGGGAGUCAUUUGACACAGAGCAUCCUAAUUUUGCAUCAGACCCUCGAAAUGUCAGGCUCGGGCUUGCUAGUGAUGGUUUUCAACCCUUUGCAAAUUCAAAAACAUCAUAUAGUAUAUGGCCUGUUAUCCUUAUUCCGUAUAAUGUGCCUCCUGAACUUUGUAUGAAGCAGUCUAAUAUGAUUUUGUCAAUGCUUAUUCCGGGUCCUAAAGGUCCUGGUGAUGCAAUUGACGUAUAUUUGCAGCCUCUAAUUGAGGAAUUGAAAGAUCUGUGGGAAGUUGGUGUGGAGACCUUUGAUGCAGCAACGCAACGUCAUUUUCAGCUACGUGCAGCUUUAAUGUGGACCAUUAAUGAUUUUCCAGCCUAUGCGAUGUUAUCUGUCGAGCGUGAAGGACCUCCACAACCUUCUUCAAUAGAUGAUAUUCUUAAUGAACUUGAGGAUCUCGAGAACAUUAUAUUGUCUAAGGAUCCAAGUGUGAAGACAAAAAUAUCUCAUGAAGUUAGGAGGGACACUUGGAAUAAGAAAAAGCUAAAAGUCCCUGAUGGUUUUUCAUCAAAUAUAUCUUAUUGUGUAAACUCGAAGGAAGCUAAGAUUUCGGGUUUGAAGAGCCACGAUUGUCAUGUAAUACUUGAGCAUCUUCUUCCUUUAGCAAUACGUGGUCUUCUCACUCCACUUGUACUUGAAGCAUUAAUUGAGUUGUCAUUGUUCUUUACUUUAUUAUGUGCGAAAGUACUUAAUGUGGAUGAUUUGAAGCAACUAGAGUCCCAAAUUCCUAUAACUCUCUGCAAAUUGGAGAAGGUUUUUCCUCCUUCCUUCUUUGAUGUGAUGAUGCAUUUACCUAUCCACUUAGCUAACGAAGCUAUAAUGGGAGGGCCAGUUCAGUGCAGAUGGAUGUAUCCAAUAGAACAAUACAUGUAUAAGCUGAAGUCUUACAUAAGGAAUAGGGCUCAUCCGGAGGCUUCGAUUGCGGAGGGCUAUGUAGCAGAAGAGUGCAUGAAUCGUUGCUCUAGGUAUAUGCAGAGUAUAGAGACCCGAUUUAAUCGACUUGAUCGAAAUUAUGAAAAUAGCCAAGGUCAUGAUGAUACCCUGCCUAUUUUUAGUCAUUCUGGUCGAAGCCUAGGGGAUGCAAGUGUUAGAGAUCUUGAGAAGGGGGAAUUGGAUGACGCUCACAUUUAUAUUUUGAAGAAUUGUGAUGAGGUUCAGCCUUUUCUUAGAGAGUAUUCUGAAAUACAAGCAUUGACGAAUCCUGGAAUCUCUGAAGAGGAAUGGUGCAAAAACUUUAAAAGUUGGCUCAAGAUGGAAGUGUUGGCUCUUCUUCCACUGUGA